AUGUCACUCACAAUUUUGCCUCUUCAUCCUACCUUUGCGGCACAGAUCCGCGGUGUCGACUUCUCAAAACCGUUGACGGACGAGGUGUUUGAUGAGAUCAGGGCCGCCAUUUCCAAGGUUGUACAUUAUGGUGUGCUGGUUUUCCCGGCAACAGGUCUAAAUGACGAUAGUCAUGUCGCUUUUGCGCGGCACUUUGGCGAACUCGAAACCCGAAAGGACACGGGCGCGACGUCGCGAAUGAGUUUGCCAGAGCUAACGGACCAGGGCAACAUCGACGCCAACGGAAACAUCAUCGGCUCGAACGACCCUAGGGCUCAGAUCAGCAAGGGAAACACGCUUUUUCACGUCGAUAGCAGCUUCAACUCCCGCAGAGCGAGCUACUCCAUCCUCCUCGCUCACGAGAUCCCGCCUCCGAAUGGCGGCGGAAACACCGACUUUGCGGACACGCGGGCAGCGUGGGACAACCUUCCCGAGUCCUGGAAGCAGGAGCUGUUACAGAAAAACUACGUCGCGGGCCACUCGUUCUGGCACUCACGCAAGAAGGCGUGCCCAGAGUUCUUCGCCAAGCUCGAGCCGGAGAACCACCCGAUGAGCAAGCACAAGAUCGCGCAGCUCCAUGAAGCGAGCGGUCGGAUGAACUUGUUCGUGCCGUCGCACUGCCAUCAUAUCGAGGGGCUCGAGGCGGGGGAGGGGCGGGAGAAGCUGGAGUUUCUGUAUCGGCAUUCCACGCAGGACAAGUUCGUCGUCUCGGUCCCAUGGAAAGAAGUGGGCGACUUGGUCAUGUGGGAUAACACGUGUACGCUGCAUCGGGGCACGCCGGUCUUUGGGCUUCACAAACGUGACAUGAGAAGGGCGACGGUGCUGGAUGGCAGUAACGAGGCUUGGGGAGUAAAUGAGAGAGUUGAGAGAGAUUUCGCGUUUGCGCCUGAGGUUAUGGCUGAUGUGUUUCGGUGUCUUUCUGGGUGA